GAUCAGUUAAACUAUUCAUGGCUAAAUAUACUUACCUGGUGGAUUAAAGUCAACGAAAACUUAAAUCAAGGACGUAUACAGAUAUACAUUUGUUAUCGUACCUUAUUAAACCUUAAAACUACAUUAUUUUUAAGACAUGAAAAAGGAAUACAUUGCCGGCUUACGACAGAGUACCUCUAAUUAACUAUUACGUUGUGACGCUGCAAAAAAGGUAUUUGAAUUGAACAUGGCGAGCAAUCAAGGGCAGAUGAAUCCUGACAAUAACAGCCUUUGUUGCUGUAUAUGUCUGGACCAGUACCAAGAUCCGAGAUCUUUAGCCUGCUUACAUACGUUUUGUGAGGAAUGUAUCCACGACUGCGUUAUCAAGCAGCAAACUUGUAAAACAAGCACGAAAGGAAUUGAGUGUCCACUUUGUAGAAAGGUGACGGUUAUCAAGGAUGUGAACAUUCCGCCAAAGCUAUGGUCUAAAACAAUACCGGUAAAUUAUGCUCUGCAAGAAGUCAUUGAAACAUUAAGCAAAGAUCUGACAGCGAAAAGGAUCACUUCUGAAUGUAUUUGCAAGAAACAUGAUAAACUUAUUGAAUUCUAUUGUGCUGAUGAAAAUACAUUGUGCUGCAGCUUCUGUGCAAUAAAUAAAUUAAAAGAAGGUAAAGAAGUUACUGAAAUAAACCAAGUUGCAAAAGCAGCAUCUGCCGAACGCAAUAAGUCCCUGCAAAAACAGAUAUAUGAUUUACUGUUAAAGACAAACAAUGCUAAACAUUUCUUAGAUACAAAAGAAAUGGAGCUUGAAACCCAAAUUUUGACGAUAGAUGAAAAACUUAACAACGUCCAAGAAUCUAUUAUUAAAAAGAUGGAGAAUUCAAAGGCUGUGAUAAUGUCAAAAGCAAACUUUUUAAAACAGGAGAUAUUGAAAAAGUACGCACUACAACGAAGAUACGCGGAAAAACUAACCGAAGACCUCGAACAAAUGCGGCACACGUUUAAUACAGCAGUGGAAUGCAAAGCUCCAGAACAUACAUUUAUCUUAUUACAAUCCCUUGAAGAGAAAGUAAGACACCUUGAUGAUAAAAUAAAAACGCAUCAAGAACAGAUGUCUUAUUCUGAUAUAACGUUUAGUGUCGAUAAAAUGGUGAACAUUGUUCUUGAUGACGCUAAUCUUAGUUUCGGAAAGCUCAUUGAAAACGAAGUUAAACCUGUCGUAAGUGACCUGACAGACAGCAGGAAGGUGAAAUUAAGAAAGAUUGUUAUCUUAGACGUGUUAACAUCAAGGUCAGACGAGAAGCAACCACUGUACAGCGGAAUGGACUUUCUUCCUGACGGUCGACUAGCGUUAGUUGACAACGCCAACUGGAAAUGCUUAAUAUUAAGUAGGAAACUUGAAGUUAUUGGGAAACAUCAAUUUUCAUCUCAUAUCUUUGACAUUGUUGCAACUUCGAACAAUGAGCUUUUUGUCACUGGUGCAAAAAGACUUGAAAACGUAUUAAUUGAUAGUGAAAAGGGAUUUGCACGUGUCGAGGGCUUUUCACUCGAAUCAUGUCCAUUCUCGAUAUGUAAGUUCAACGACGACAGGUUUGUUAUUGGUACGUACAGAAGCUCCAUACCAGCACGCAUUUUGUCCAAAAGUGGCAGGGAGUUUGAAUUUAGUGUUGAUUUCCCGGAGAAAUACUGGAAAAUUGAUGACAGUAGGUGUACGUUUGAUGAUGAUGAAAACAUUCUAGUCCUGACUGACAGAUAUGAAAAUUGUGUCUACAUAUAUGACACAAGAAUAAACAGUGAAAUUAGAGUGAAAGACAAAAGGAUUUUGGAGCCCAGAGGAGUGGCGUUUGGUCCUCAAGGAAGUAUCUUUGUGUGUAGCCGAGGAACAAACUCCAUCGUGCAGUUGUCAAGGUACGGUGAAGUUUUAGGAAAUCACCUUCUGGAUAUGAUAUAUCCGUGUACAAUAUGCUUUUCAAAGGACAAGAAGAAAGUUGCUAUUUCAAACAGCUAUGCCGAAGCAAAACAGCUUCAGAUUUUUCAACUUUGUUCUGUGGGUUGAAACAGAGUGAACAAUUCAAUGGACAUUAUUUGUUAAUAUUACUUUCUCAUUGAUUUUAAGAAAUGUAACAUUGUGUGACUUAAUAAAGUAAGGUUCGAGUAUCUUUACCUGCAAUAUGACAAAUAUAUUGUUAUAUUCCAAAAGUUAUCAUAUAUUUUAAGUUGUAUUUGUGUUCACACGAGCAAGAUGAAGAAUACUAUUAAAAUACAAGGGAAAUAACAUGUACAAAUAAAAGUAAAUCAAUCUCAUUGGAUUGGAAAAGUUACCAUUCUUAGAUUUUAAAUAUUUGUGUUUAUAUUUGUACUAAAACCGCUUAAUA